ACUAGAUUUUGUAAAAAGGAUAGAUCUGUAUAUUUAUGGAAUAGAAUGUGGAAUUCAAAAAAGAGGCAACAUAUGCAGCCUCUUCAAAUACCUAAAUAUUAUGAGGAAAAGGGAUUUGAAAUUAUUGAUAAAAAUAACCCUGGAAAUUUUCAAUCUGAUUCAAUUAAAAUCUAUGAUAUGGCAAAUCCAUAUGUACCCCCCACUUUUAAUUGGAUUGAUUUAUUUAAAGAAAAAUCUGUAAUCUUAAAUAACACUGAUUAUAAAUACAAUGAAAGUAUUCAAUUAACUCAAGACAUUUUUCAAGCUCAAAUUCUUACUGAUUCAUUGAUCAUUGAUGUAGAAACACCUCCAACAUAUAAAAAUAUGUUUGAUGAUACAAAAAUUUGUCAUGAUUUUUUGACAAUUUUUAAUAAAUUAUAUUGUAUUCCAAAUAAUACAUCAAUAGAAAUGGAGAGUAACAAGGAACAGAAAAGACAAAUAAAUGAAUAUUUUUUAAAAAUUUUGGAAAAAUUUAUAUAUCAAUCUAGAAAAUGGGAUCCAAGAUUUAUAAAAGUUGAUCCAUUUAUAAAAGACAAGUUUAGAUUAUCAUACCCUCCUAUUAAAAGUAUCCCUGAAGAUGUAACUAGUAAAGUUUUUGGGAAUAAUCUGAUCAAACUUUGUCAAUCCUUCGACAGUGUGAUAUCCACAUCUUCUCAAGAGAGUAUCAAUAACCAAAAUAAUAGAAUUUCAUCCUAUAAUCAACCAAUUGAUGUUUUAAUCCAUAAAGUUCUUCCCUGUUAUGAUGGCAGCCUGGAAUCGGUUGAUGACCAAAAUAUUCAUCAUCACGAAUUACAUUAUAAAACUUACCCAAUGCGUAUAACUGCUCAUAAUUCUUACAUUCUUUACAGUAAAAAUGCCCUUUCUCCUUUCAUUCCUACCAACGAAAUGAUCCAUAAAUUUAUCACCCAAUCAAAACUCAGCCUUCCCAAUAUGUUUCCAAUUUCUCCCUUAGUUGACAUACCACUCGAAAAUAACAUUUUAUCUACAGAUCAACCAAAUUUAAUCGAAGAUUAUAUCACAGACUUUAACAAAAUUGAUGACGAGUUACCAGAUAAAUGUAAAGAAAAUGAUGAGGAAAACGAUAAAUUAGACAAGUUUGGGUAUGUGCAUCCCCAUUUAAUUUUCGACUCUAACCCUACCCGACAAUGGACAGCCCCUCAAUAUGUGGCCAAAGGCAUGAUGACAACCUACGGACAUCUGGCCACAUUGGCCAGACGUUUAUAUGGGAAAUCUCUAUCGGGUGGUGCCGCUUUACCCACCCCUUUAGCCUGCAACUAUAUUGGCUGUGACGGUCAACAUUUAUGCUUCGUUUCUUUUCAGUUAAACAGCAUGCCGGAAAUGUAUAAAAAACUACCAAUCGAUAAUAAUGAAACUACUAAAACUGAAAAUUCCAUUAAAAAUUUAGUUUGGGUCGAUUACCAGAGAGGAAAUUACAAUGACAAAUCUUUCGUUGAUUACAAUUUCCACAGUCGAUUUUACGAUACCCACAAAGACAGCAAAAAUAUUGACCAUACCAAAUUGAAAACGGACGAUAAUGCUUAUGGCUAUAAUAAAGUCGAUAUCUACAAAGAUUAUGAUUUAAAAUCAUCUCAAAUUGUCGAGCUAAAUUCAGAAAUAAUGCAAAAAAUUCUUUCGAUAUAUUUUUACGGUGUCUUUUAAUUGAUUUUUUUUUAAAAAAAAUAGAAUA